GCAAGCCUCUUUGUGGUUUAAGGUCGCAAAUGAAUUAAGUUCCCAUGCUUUAGAAGAGCAAAGCAUGAAGAUAAUAGAAUCAAGUUACGACCAUCUGGAAGAUCACUUAAAGGCUUGUCUUCUUUACAUGGGAUUGUUUCCAGAAGACUACAAUUUUCCAGUUUCUAUUUUACUUAAGUUGUGGAUAGCUGAAAAUUUUGUACAGAAUUCGGAUACAGAUAACUUGGAGGAAGCAUCUAAAAAUUUCUUGAAUGAUCUAGCGAACAAAAGCCUUGUAAUGGUUUCUAAAAGGAGAGAUAAUGGUGAGAUAAAGUACUGCACUCUUCAUGAUGUAGUGCGUGAGUUUUGCUGGAGAAAACUUGCAAAAGAAAAGUUUAUGCAGCUCAUAAUCCCAUAUAAUCCAGACCAAUCUUUAGGUGCAACGGAACCUCGGUUAUGCAUGUAUGUUCAUAACGAUCUGGUCAAGCAGUUGGUGGAGCAUGAAUAUUCAUUGGAUAAAAUUCCAAUGUUGGCGGAGUUGAGUGAAGUAGGAUCAUUUGCUCAAUGUCAUGGUAGGUCUCUUGAGUUCAUUGCUCAUCCAAAACUCUAUAAAUGGGACCUGAGUUUGACAAAUCAUGUCCUUUUACUUGAUUGCAUUAGACUUAUUCGGGUGUUGGAUUUGUUGAAUGUCUACUUGGAGGGACGUUUUUGGGCUAGGGCAAUGCAAGCAGUAACUCACUUGAGGUAUCUUGCAAUUCAUACCCAAGAAUUUUGUUUCCCGUGGGUAUCACACCUACUCGAUCUACAAACUUUGCGGGUGGGGUGGCAACCUAUUUCAUUAAACAGUAGGAUAUCCCCUGCUGCUAUUUGGAAAAUGCAGAAGCUAAGGCAUGUGGAUAUCAAGGAAAUUAAAUUCGCAUGGGAAGACNAUGCGCAAGAGAUACCUCAUCGUGUUAGACGAUAUAUGGGAAAUGGAAGCAGAGUAGUGGUAACAACUCGAGAUGAACAAGUGGUUAGGCAGCUUAAGCUCCACAGUGAUCCAUAUUUUCUUCGAUUUCUCAGUNAUCUAAAGGAUUUGUCCAUUCAUAGCAUUAUCCUAACAGAAAAAGUUGUUUCAAAUAUUGCAAGACUGCGAAAUCUUGAGAGACUCAAACUACGUCGAAUACUCUUCAAGGAUAAAGAUAUCAGAUGUUGGGAUGUGGGUGAUUACAAGUUCCCAGCACUCAAAUAUUUGAACUUAAGGGGUGUUCAUAUGACCGAAUGGCGCUCCUCAGAGGCAUCCUUUCCCGUGCUUGAGAAACUGGUUAUACGUCGUUGUGAGAAGCUUCAAGAGAUCCCGUCUAGCUUCGCGGAUAUCCAAACACUGAAGUUGAUCAGAUUGAGGGGCUGCAUGAAGUCAGUUGAGGAUUCAGCUCUCAACAUUAAAAAAGAAGUAGAAGAUAUCACAGGAUGUGACUCUCUCCAAGUUCAAGUUGAUUUUAAAAAUAUGCCUCUUGGAAGAAAAGAUCAUUAUUUACGAAUAUUUAAAAAUUCUGUUUUCUAA